AUGGUGUUAGAGGAGCAACUCGACGAAGACAUACUGGUUUUGCUUGGUGAUGCACCUAAGACCGAGACCCCAAUAGGUCCAGCUAUCCAUAAGGAUACAGCCAAUCGGUGCCAAGACAUACUUACUAAAGGGUUGGCAAAAGACGUGAAAGAAAGUCAUUUGAAGACUUAUCUUAUACCCUUCAACUGUGACCUCCUGAUUGCACCAGCUCUAAACUCUGGGGUUAAAGCAGCCCUGACAGAGACUUCUAUAAAACGAGACUUGUAUUGUAUAAAACGAGACUCAACUACCAGUGUUGAGAUUACCUUAUUUUAA